CUGGUGAGCGGAUCGCAGAAACCCGUGCGACACCUUCGGGUGAUCCCAACCCGCCAUGAAACUGAUUACGUGUGACUUCAUUUCCGGCUGCUUCGGAGGUGGCUGCGGCGUUCUGCUAGGACAUCCACUAGAUACAAUCAAAACUUGGCAACAGUUCUCGAACAACCGAAUCAGUACAUCGAUGUACAACAUCAUCACGCGUCACAACGGGCUAAAAGGCUUCUAUCGGGGCAUGUUCUUUCCACUCCUAACCAACGGUGCCCUCAAUUCCGUUGUCUUUGCCGUCUACGGCCAACACAUGAGAACCCUUCAGGAAUCGUGUAAAACGAAGAGUUUACGUGAGCGUGAGUGGCGAAUGCACGUCAUGAUUGCCGGAUCGGUGGCCGGUGCGACACAGGUCAUGCUCGGCUGUCCCGUCGAGGUGGUCAAAGUGAGGAUACAAACGUUGCAGUUCGUCGGUCAUCCGUGGCACUGCCUGCGGGAAAUAAUCUUCCAGGAGGGCAUCUGGGGCCUGUAUCGCGGAAUAACGCCCAUGAUGUGGCGGGACGUGCUGCCGUACGGGGUUUACAUGCUCGUGUACGAGUACAUGCUCGGGAUCGAAGACCGACUGCACCGGAUGAAGCUGGACCGGCAGGCCGGUGCCAGUGGCGUCGGCAGCACGUACGAAGCGUCGGUGAUUGCGACGGCCGGAGCGACGGCGGGGGUGAUUUCGUGGCUGUUUAUUGUCCCCUUCGACGUGGUCAAGACGGUCAUGCAGACGGAAACGGAUCCCACGGUGCACAAGAGCAUGAUGCACUGCUUUCGGGGGUUGGUUGAGCGGCACGGCUGGCGGUCACUGUUCCGCGGCAGCAGCAUGGUCAUAGCCCGAGCGGCACCGGUCAACUCGGCCACCUUCCUGGGCUACGAGUGGUGUCUGGGCAAGUGUCACCAAUACUUUACAAUUGAUAGUACGUGAUAAUAAAUACAGUCAGGCUUGAAAA